AUGUAGAGGAGGGUGGGGUAUGGUCAGGCUGACGUCUAAGCCUGGAUGCGAGGUCAGAGACGCGCCAAGCACCGUGGUCGCACCGGGUCAGAUCGGAUCCGGGCCACGACCGACCUAGGUGAAGAGGUGGGAGAGUGGUAAGAUGUGUUCAACUCGCAACGCCGAUGUCGUCAAGUCUGAAGGCGGGCGCAUGUGAAUGGCGAAGAAGGGUCGGGUUUCUGAACGGCGGGCCUCUGGCUUGGCGACCCGCGAUCUGGGCGCAAAGCGCAAUGCGAUCGCGCGCGCAGUUGGCGGACGGUGCGAACACGGAGAGGCGCUGCGUUCGGAGGAGGUGGGGGAUACGAUGCGAUGCGCUAUGUCGUCGGACGCGCGUGCGAUUACUGGCUGCCAAGCAAAAGAUGAGUUGAGGUUGAAGGGUGGGGACGAUGGUGGGGUCCUUGCAGGGGUCGAGUGCAGCGGCUGCAGUGAGGCGGAUGCGGGUGAGGGUGAGGGGAGAGGGCAGAGAAGAGAGAGAAAGAGGAGGGGAGGAGAUGGAGGGCGAGGUUGGAGUAGCAGCGACGCGCGCACACGGGAGUGGGAGAGAGGAAGAGCAGAGGUGAGUGUGAGAGUUGAGAAUAAGAUUCAACCGUACCACAAGACCGCGAGCAGAGGGCCGCCUGGCGACGGGGAAGAGGUGUAGAGAAAGCAGGGGUCUGACUGGGCGGCGCAACCAAUGAUGGGCGGUGGAUAAAGAUCGCGGGGUGGGAGAGC